AUGGCCACAUCGCAGUGUAGCCCAGCCGACUCCGAAGCAAUCGAUACUGUUUUCUGGAGAGAGACCGUUGGUAAAGAUCUGCGGACUCUUCUGAGAGGGGCUGAGUAUGAUUACGCCUCGCAGCAGGCGGCUCUGGAGUCAAUGAGCCGCUAUGUGGCCCCUUACCUGGGGCCACGUCCUCCGGUGGGGGAGGCUGGCAGGGACCAGCCUUGUCCAACGCGAUGGAGAAGUUUCAUGACGGAUGACUUCUCUCCAUUGGAGUAUAGCUGGAGCUGGGAGAACGUCGCUCCCUCCGUCCGCUAUAGCUUUGAACCAAUUGGACGGCAUGCGGGCACUGCGCGGGAUCCUUACAAUUGGACGGGUCCGAUAGGAUGCGUGCAACAGAUACGGGGAUCACUUUCCGGUGCAGAUUGGCGUUGGUUCGACCACUUCGCUCAAGCCUUUCGGCGACCGACGCCUCUGCCGCGCAAGGAGUCACACUUCCACUCCAGCCCCUCGUCCAUCUUCCUGGCUUUUAAUCUAGAGAAGCACGGGCUCAAAUGUAAAUCCUAUCACGUUCCACAUUCCUCAGCAGAUCAGCAGGGCGGCUCGCGGCUUGACGUCCUGCAUCAGGCUUUUGGGACCCUGCAGCAGCAUCACGAAUUGCCCGCCUAUGACUGUGUUGAAAAGUAUCUGCGACAACAGGAGCCAUUGCCCAUCCCGCCAUUUAUAAUUGGAGUGGCGGUUGAUUGUGUGCAUCCAUCUCUUGCCAACCUCAAAAUCUACUUCCGAUCUAGUGCCACGAGUUUUGACAGUGUCCGGGAGACUCUCACUAUGGCAGGCGCCUUGUCAAGCUGGGAUGAUGAUGCCUUCCAGGAGCUUCAGCAAUUAUGGCAUCUCACAUUGGGCCUGCCCUUGGCUUAUCCCAGUUCUCAGCCUCUUCCAACCCUCAACCAUGAGACAUCAGGUGUACUGUACAAUUUCGGUUUCAAGCUAGGCCAACGGUAUCCUGACACCAAGGUGUACAUUCCCGUGCGGCACUACGCGUGCAAUGACCGGGCAAUUGUUGAGGGCUUAGCCGAGUUUCUGGCACGUCAAGGACGAGCCCAACAGGCUAAGCGCUACGUGCAAACCCUCGAACAACUGAUUAACUCUUUCCGUUCUCUUGACGAGACGUGUGGCCUGCAGACAUACAUUGCUUGCGGGAAUAAAGGAGGUCGACUUAGUCUGACCUCCUAUCUGUCAUCUGAGAUAUACUACCCUGGACGAUGGUCGUCAUCAAGACAGCCAUGA